AUUUCGAAGUAUUCGCACGCGACAGCCAAAUUCAACCGUUUAAGAGUCGCAGAAUUUGCUAGUGAAUCAUGAUCAAGAAACGUAUCAACGGACAGCUAGUUUCCCAGCACAUCGGCGAUCAAAUCAUCUUACUUGGAUCCAUUAACAAGAUAAAUCCCAGCGGAACUAGUAUGGAAUUAAAAACCAGUGACAAUAUGAUUAUCACAGUUUCUCUGUCGGAUCCCAUCGACAGCCACCUAGAAGGUUACAUCGAAGUUCAUGGUACUGUACAGUCUAAGUCAUCCAUCUCCUGUAGCAACUUCGUUCGCUUCCCAAAUGAGAUGACGGAAAAAUUUGACUUGGAACAGUACAAUGACCUCAUCUUACUCUCCAAUACACUGGGAAGCAACAAAUGGAAAAUGUCUGAAACGAAUACAAUUUUAUGAGUUUUUAACCAGCCCAAGUUCUACCAAUAGAAGUUUGUUUUCCCUGUCAAGUACUUUACCUGAAACGCAUUCGAAUAUUUUCACUUUUUUUCAGUAUACUUAGCUGAAGUUGAAGCUCGAUCAUUAACGCUUAGAAAUGUUAUAAAUCACAAUUAAUUGAAAGAAAUACGCAUAAUUGAUGAACGAAAUACUAUUAAAUAAUCGUUUAUUACAAUUUAAAACUAAUGUAGAAAGAUUAUACAACCCCAACUCCGAUCUUGCAAGAUGCAUCUAGUGAAAAGCACCUGCACGUACAAGACGUUACAGGGCAUUCCGAAUGCUCUCUGAAAUGUAAUUUGUCCGUUUAAAGUAUUGCAAAAAUUUAGCUUUGAAAUUCCACUUCAUGCAUUUUGUUCGAUGUAAUAAUUGAUAAGAACUACGUAUGCCACUUACCGAUUUUGUUGAAUAAACUGAUUUUUCUAAU